AUGGAUGCAUUACUUUGUGAUUUCAUUUUUUUUGGGUGUUUUGUUAAGAUGAUGAUAGAAAACAUAUGUUCUUUGUCUUACCUUUUAGAAGAAAAGGAAGAAGCUUUUUCAUGUUUUAUGCAAGAAUUGGAAUUCCAAAAAGUCUCCUUUUUUCCUCUUUGUGAAUGAAGUGGAUGCAGCAAAAAGUGGCCUUGGAUUACGCUAUCAAUCUCCCAUUCCAUAUGGAUUUUAGUAAAAAUUGUUCCUUUUUUGUUGGGCGUGUGGAGAGAGAAAUACAUGUAUGGAAUGAUGGGAGGUUGAAUUGUAGGUAAUUGAGAUGAGAGAGAGGAUUCCUUGAAUGAUGAGAGGUUGAAUAUGUAUGAAACAAAGCAUGGGGUGGGGCAAUCAUUUGGGUGACUUUUCAUCAAACAUGUUGGCUUUACCUUUUACCCCUGCGUUUGGAACGGUGGGGAAAAUCCUAUCCCUCACAUUUUCCUGUUCUAAUGAGGCUAAGGCUUAGGCAAUGCAUGCUUUCUUGUGCUUUUCUCCACAGAGUUGAUGAGGAUGAACUUUAUUGGGGCAGAAGGAAGCAGGAUGCAGAAUCAGCGUGGUCGGAUAAUUCUGCUCACGUAAUAUCACAGUUAGCCCAGUGUUUUACUAAUGCUAUGGUUGGACCACGAGCAUGGAUAGGAGGAAUUCUCAGCCGCUCAGGCAUUAAACGGUUUGGAAGUGACAAAUUUAUUGACUAUAUUCUAACUCCUGAGGAGGAGGAAAGUCUUCACAAGCUACAAGAAAGAUUAGGAGUAGCUUUUGAUGAAUCUCGGCCUGAUCAUCAAGAAGCGCUUCAAGCCUUGUGGAAUUUGACAUUUCCAGAUGUUGAGCUUAAAGGCCUAGUCUCUGAGCAAUGGAAGGAUAUGGGUUGGCAAGGAUGUAACCCAGCAACCGAUUUCAGGGGUUGUGGUUUUCUUUCACUCGAGAAUUUACUGUUCUUUGCAAGAAAUUAUCCGGAUUGUUUCCAUAGGCUACUUUUCAAGAAAAUUGGAACCAGGGCAACAUGGGAGUACCCAUUUGCAGUUGCUGGGAUUAAUGUUUCAUUUAUGUUGAUUCAGAUGCUGGAAUUAAGCUCAGAAAAACCGAAAUGUCGUCCAGGCAUUAAUUUUGUUAAAUUAUUAGCAGCACCUGCAGAAGAUGAAGAGGCAUUUGAUGUCCUUUACUGUAUAGCGUUUUCGUUGUUGGAUGCACAAUGGCUGGCUAUGCACGCUUCAUAUAUGGAAUUCAACGAAGUUUUGCAAGUAACGAGGACUCAAUUAGAGAGAGAAUUGUCUCUAGAGGACAUACGCAAGAUAACCGAUUUACCAGCCUUCAACCUGAUUGUUGCUGAUCAGUGUGCGGAUCUCACCAUCGAGGACGAGGAAACAGGAGGGUUGGAAGCCCCCUAUACUGAUGUAGUUCAUGUUGAGAGCUGGGAUCUGGUUGGCCGUUUCAUCACUGAUAGAAACAUUAAGUUCGAUCAUAUGCAGCAGGUGAUGGCCUCGACAUGGCGCCCGUUAAUGGGGGUACGAAUCUUGUCUCUGGAUGAAAACUUAUUUCUGUUUCAGUUCCCCCAUGUCAAGGACAUGCAACGUGUGAUUGACGAUGGUCCGUGGUCAUUCGAAAAUAAUAUUCUUGUGUGCAAACAAGUUCAACUAGGGAUAAGGCCGGAAGACGUUGGCCUGGACAAGGUUGCGUUUUGGGUCCAAGUUCAUGAUCUGCCUGCCAUAUAUGCAUCCCCGGAGUUUAUCGCUUGUAUUGGUGGGUAUGUGGGAACCUUUAUUUCUGAAGAUCCCAAUAACUUUGGGCAUUCUAGGAGAAGCUUCUAUCGUAUACGGGUAGAGAUGGAUGUCAAUGUUCCAUUGAAAAGGAGAAUGAAGCUUUUUCGCAAGGAUGGAUCAUUUCAAUGGCUCAUCUUCAAAUAUGAACGUCUGACUACUUUCUGUUUCUGUUGUGGAUUGCUUGGUCACUCAGAUAAAUUUUGCCACAAGGCUUAUGAGGAGGGUCUCUCACCACGUGAAUAUCUUUACGAUGCCACGAUGAGAGUUGGGGCGAGACGUCAAGUUCAACCAGUUGGACAAAAAUGGCUACUACCCGAUCUCCCUAUUAAAGUAUCUGCUGAUAAAUCGUCGGGCAGUGGUACUAAGGAUUUAGUUGUUCUGGAGGAGGAGUCUAGUGUGCAUGGUGAUCUUAAACGAAGAAGUGAAGAUGGAUCUAAAAUUGAUGUUGUGGUGAUUAAGGAUACGGUUAUGUCCGAGAGUUCAAAAAACUUGCAUUUGGCGUGCCCUUCCCAAUGAGUAUUAUUAGUUAACUGUCGGGGUUUGGGGAGUCCUCGCACAGUUCGAGAAUUGUUGGGCUUAAACAACGCCCCAUGUUUGUGUUCUUAAUAGAGACGAAAGCUAGAUCAAAGCAGGUGGAAUUCCUUCGCAUUCGAUUAGGUUUUGAUGGUUUGCUAUGUGUUGAGAGGUUUGGAUUGGGUGGUGGACUUGCGCUGUUUUGGCGUGAUAAAGAUGUAGCAUCGCUAUUGAGUUACUCACAAAACUACAUUGAUAUGGUAGUUACUUUACCUGAUAAGCCAACUUAUAGACUUACUUGCUUUUAUGAUUUCCUGGAGCGAACAAGACGUUAACAAUCUUGGGAUUACGAAAUCUCCAGGGACAAUCCUCAUUACCUUGGGUUGUUCUUGGUGACUUCAACGACUUGUUCUGCCAAUUUGAAAAAUAGAGGUCCACAUGUUCAUCUGAAUUCCCUCAUUCAAGGUUUUAAUGA